AUGGCAGAAAUUAAGCGAUCCCAGCCAUCAACGCAGACGCUAUCCAAGAGCGGUCGAACCAAAAGACAGCAAGCGGCUUUCAUAUUUGGAACAGGCAGCGGUGAUGAGGACGAGUCAAGCGAGGAUGACACAGCCCGUCACGAGGCGAUCGUCAGUGGGAGGACGUUGUCUGCCGUGCCCGUGGGGCGGGGCGCAAUGUUCACUUUUGGUCCGAGUGACACAGAGGAUGAGUCAAGCGAGGAUGAGGCACCUCCUUCUGCGCCGAGCGACAAGAAGUCCGAUGCGCCUCCACUGCCCCUGCGACGAAGAACCACCAUUGAGUGGGACGAAGCGUCAUUGUUCGCGGCUCUGCAACGAGUCCAAGCGGCCAAGGACGUCGCGAGACAUGCGUCAGCGGAGGAGAGUGACACAUCGACCGAAGAGCAUGAUACCUCAGAUGAGGACAUCGAAGACACAUCUGCGGAUGAGGCGGACGAUGAGCAACUCAAGCCGAGUCGUGCAUUGACCAGACGGCGCUCGAUCUUCACCUCUGCGGCUUCGGCGUCUGGUUGGCCAGCUGGGGAGAGGGGUCAGGCGUCUGGCUGA